AUGGCGACGCAUGUCGACUAUCAUACCGAGCUAUCGCGGGCGCCUCUGGAAGUCGGAGACGUGGGCUACAUCCCUCGCAUAAGCGGAAACUUCGUACGCAUCCUCAACGUGCAUCUUGAGCCCGGCGUGGAUGGGCAACCUAGUCGGGACGAUCUCCCCGGUUUCGGACCGUUGCCUAAGCGACGGAUAUCAAUUCUCCGCGACAAGACUACUGUGUUUAAGUCGGAGAGGGUAACUGUCAGGAAUAUCGAAGCUGGCGCCUCGGGGACUCCUUUCUUAGGCCGAUCCGUCGCGUUCUCAGCAUCCAGCGAGCGCGGUGCCAUCCUGACAGCACCAUUUGCAAUUCAAUGUCAUGACGCCCAACACAUUCUGAAUCACAGAAACUACGCUAAAGCGCAUAUCGAGACCUGGCACAAGUUCGCGGUGCACAAGCUCGGCGUCGAUCUCGCGCUGGAGGACAUCAUUCUAGUGACUGGAGUAGACCGUACGACUUCCUGGGCCACGGCCGUCUUCACCAAUUCACACCUCGACUGGGAGUUCGACUCGGCUUGCGGCGCAGCACCCCUGGAAGAACACGCAGGGCGCGCUUGUUAA